AUGGACGGAACUCCGUGCGAAACACCCUCUUGGCACGGCAAUCUGAUUGCAGUGGCGUCGGCGCCGAACCUCCCACGUCCGGUGCCUUCCUACGGAUCAUCGCUCGACAGGGUCAAGCCGCUCAUCAUUGGAGAGUUUCAUGACCCCGCAACGACCUACACUUCGGCGCAGAAAAUGCGGGGCUUCUUUCCUAACGGCGCUUUGAUGAACUGGCAAGGCUAUCGCCAUGGCCUGCCCUCCACCGUGAACGCGGGCCAACCCGGUACGCGAGACUUCCAAAAGAAAGGCUACGGCGCCUGGGAUUGCUUCAACAGGACGCGGGACUACCUCAAGGAUGGCAUUCUUCCCCCGAAUGGGUAUACCUGCCCGAUCAAUGGUCCGGCUGCAGGCUCUCUGUCCUUGCGCAUCGCGAAGGAGGUGCCCCCAUGUUAA